CAAUUCAACCCCAACACCAUGGAACUCACAACUCUCUGCCUCGUAAUCUUGAUACUGUACACAGCGUAUUUAAUCCUUCGCUCUAUCUACAACGUCACUUUACAUCCGCUUGCUGGAUUCCCUGGUCCCUGGUGGGCGGGAGCAUCUGAGAUCCCCGAGAUGUACUUCAAUCUAAUUCUCGGAGGCCGCUACUUCAAGCAGGUGGAGAAUAUGCACAAGCGUCAUACGAAAAUUACAGGGGCUCCAACUGCGCAUCAUUCCGCCAGCAACCAUAUCGAGCAUCGACGAUUCCGAGCCCCUGUUGCAACCUUCUUUUCCAAAUCCAACGUCACACGUCUGGAGCACAUUAUUCAGAACAAUGUUGACAAGUUUGUUGGAAACUUGAAACAGGCAAAGACCCUUGGGAAAGUAAUUCACGCUAAGAACGCAUUCGGAGUGCUAACAUUCGAUAUCAUGAAUGAGUACGCCUAUAAUGUGAAGAGCAACCUACUUAACAAUAAUCUAGAUUUCAAGAACCCUUUUCUGGAAGCUCUGGUCAGAAUCAUGUUCUCUGGCCCAUGGGCUACUUAUUUCCCAUUCCUUCUGACCUUAGCGAAAAUUAUUCCCAGGAAAGCCCAGAUGAUUAUCAAUCCAAGCAUGAAGCCGAUCCUCGAAUACCGUGCCCAAUGCGAAUCUCAAGCCGCCCAGGCAGUCAAGACAGUUCGAGGGGGGAAAUUCGCUGAAACGCCUACCACUAUAUUCGAUUCCGUUGCUAGAUCGCGACUCUCUGCUGCAGAGCGGUCCCUGGAACGUCUCACAGACGAAGGAUGGAUGCUUUCACUCGCCGGACUGGAAAUUCCUUCUCGAUUCAUGACUAACAUUACCUGCCACCUACUGCUCAACCCAUUGAUCCUGGCUAAGCUUCGUCGGGAGCUUUUGACAGUAAUGCCGACGCCCGACUCUCGGCCAUCAUGGGCUACACUCUCGAUACUCCCGUACUUGACCGCAGUCAUCAAGGAAGGCCUCCGUUGCGAGACUAUCCUGAUCUUCCGCUCUGCGAGAAUGUCUAUGACAGACCUCGUAUACAAGAAUUGGGUGAUUCCGGCUGGCACUUCUAUCGGCUGUUCCCCAUAUCUCAUCAACAACAACGCCGAUAUCUUCCCCGAGCCGCAGGUGUUCCGUCCGGAACGCUGGAUUGAAGCUGAUGCUAACGGAGAAAAUCUGAACAAGUAUCUAGCUACCUUCGUCAAGGGCGCACGAAACUGCGUGGGCAUGCAACUCGCUUAUGCCGAACUGUACCUUACUGUUGCCGCUGUUUUCCGGAACUUUGUCUUGGAGAUCGUUGACUCGUCACUCGAAGACAUCACGGCCUAUCGAUCUUACGGGUUGGGGUUUAACAAACAGUAUGGCUUCGGCAUCAAUAUCAAGGUAUCAAAAGUUCUGGAGGAGGAGUAA